AUAGAAUCAUUUGCUCGGUGUGCGUGUGUGGAAAAAGUUCGAAUCCACAAAGAGAAACGAGAUAUUCCGAAUCGGAUAGAUGUAUUUUGAGUCGUUCCGAGUGGCUAUGCAAAUUUAAUUGCGGUUCUCCCAAAUCAUCGAAAAGCCAACAGGUCGCCCCUCGACUAAAAUAAACAUACACAAUCGGCAAAUGAAACGGGUACAACAAAAGCAGCUGGAGAACCGGUUAACCGGUUUCAAAAUUUCCAUCAUUGCACAGUUUACUUGCCUGUAUAUUUAAGUUGCAGUGGAUCAAAAUAUUUACACUCACACGCAAAUAUCUAUGAAUUCGCUAGAUAUAUGUCGAUAGUGUGAGGUUUUGUGUGUGGUUUGCGGGAAAAAUAUAGUUUCGGCCAAGGAAAUUAAACAAAUAAAAGCAAAGGCAGACGCAGACAUAACUGUGAAAAUAAACUAACCAGACAGCCAUGGGUUAUUCCAUUAAGAACUGCGAAACGGGUGAGUUGGAGUACUUCUACACAGACACCGUCCGAGUGAAAAGACCUGCCUACGAUGAGGAAACCGGUGAGCCGAUUCACGACCAGAUCAUGAAGGUCCACUUUCGAAAGCACACCAACUUCCAUGUACCCAAGCACUUCCUCCGGGGAACAAUGUGCGAUGAGAUGGACGAUGUGCUGGCCAACACGGUGAGACAUGGAGCCGCCACCGCGUUACCCCAAAAGGCUCCCAAGAAGGCGACUCCGGGCUACGAGCGGGAAGAUUACUGUCAAAUGGAUGGUGUGAGCACCAACAUCAUCCUAGGCUAUAGCCGCAACCAGUACCUGCUGUUCCUGGUGCCCACGCUCUUCUGCUUUAACUUCUUCAUUGGAGCCACGCUUGCCAUCAUCGAGAUCUUGCUGCACAUGAUAUCGCACCAUAAGAACAGCCUCACCAUGCAGAAUGGCCUGUACUUCCGGAGUCCACUCCAUGUGCUCUCCUCGCAAUUCUGCGCCGUUUGCCGCACGGAAUGCGACAGCAAGUACAAUCGCAUCUUUGACAUCCUCAACAAACAGAUGCGCAACGCACAUCGCUCGGAAGCCUUGAAGGAUAUGGCCAAGGCCAUUGGUUAAGCUGGGUGGGAUAGGCUUUGACAUGGUCUACGUAUAUUUUAACAACAAAAAUGUUUUUGUCACACGAUCAACAAAAAAUAUAAAUGCACUCGUUUAUCACUCAA